GUGGAUGUUUCGACGACACCCUAAUCUGUGAUUGUCGCGGUCAAUUUGUUCCAAGUCAGAGAAUGGGGGACUUCAUUGGUGUCAGGUGCAACGAUGUAGGCCUCACAGCUUCCAACAUCAUACCACGAUUGAGCCAUGUAACUUUGACCAAAGGAAUGAUACUAGAGCUGAGAUUAGUGAUGAAUAGUGUGCUACUGAAAUCUAUUGCAGUGAAGCUGGAGUGCAAACCUACAUCACUCUGGUCAGCCAUGGUAAGGGUCAACAAGAAGCAUAUGCGACUGAAUAAAAGUGCAAAACAGGCAUUCAGAGAAAGUGUAUUCAAGCCUCCUAAAACUAUCAUUACCUCAGAAGAAAAAAUAAGAGACCUAGAAAGAAAACUUGCAGAUAGUGAGAAGAAGAGAGUGGAACAAAAAAGACAGGCCGACAGGAAAUUGCAGGAUCUUUGUUCCACUAUCGAGGAAGUUGGCAAGCCAAAAGAUUGGAUCAAGAACGUGAAGCGACUCUGCAAUAGUCGGUUAAGGUGGCGUAAAAAGUUCUGGUUCCUAAACUCAAGCUACACUCAUCUCAAGUCAAUCCAUAGAAGAGCCUUGAAUAGAUGCAAAAUGUUGAAAUCCAAAAUUGACCCUCAGAACUCCAGGAACCCUGUUCAAAGCCCAAACAAUGAUUACAUUAAUGGCCUUCAUUGUUACAUCAACGACUUGGAAGAACAGGUUGGAAAGCUUACAGAGGCAACUAAAACAAGGCAAGGAAAAGAAUCCUCCAGUUAGACAAGCUAUGUACUUUCUUUGUGUCGGUCGUUUGUGGAUAUAUUGGACGCUGUGAUGCUGAUAUUUGUGUAAUUUUGUUUAUCCAGCAGGUCUGGAAUUAUUCACUUCACAACACAUCGUUGUCAUCAUCUUGACCAUCAUUAUCAUCGUCUUCACCAUCAUUAUAAUCAUCAUCAUAUCACCAUCACUAUAAUCAUUGUCACUAUCAGAUUAUCAUAAUUAUAACCAAAAUCAUCAUCACACUGUAUCAUAUCAUCAUAAUUAUAACCAUAAUCAUCAUCACACUGUAUCAUAUCAACAUCAUAAUAACAUUUUUCAUGAAAUUAAAGGACAGAAUUCAGAACGCAUUUUUCACUAAAUAUGCAGGUAUUUUAAUCUAGACACGUUUUCACAAGAGCCACAAGUUCACAAAUAGAAGCAAGCAGAAUGAUCAGCAAGUAAUUGUUGUAAAUAUAAAUGUUCAGCCCUGAUGAAAUAGCCAAUAAAUGAAAGAAAAAUGGAUGAAGUAGUUGAAUUUGACAUUCUUUGGUCGAUUGCAUGAACACAGCAGAUUUUUCAGAUCAGGUUUUGAAUAAUACAGGAUUUUUUUAGUUUCACAGAAGUGUGAAAAACACAUUGGUUGUAAUAAAUGUAGGAACAGCUUGCAUUGGCUGAAAAGUAAUGUAACCAUGGUUUUAUUUUGUUGACAAUCAGAUUAUGAAAGCUUCAGCGAAAUUUUAAGAGAGAAGUAAUAUGAAAGAAAAUGCAAUGAAAGAAUGAUCGACAUGACACAAAUAUUGCACCAAAUGAGUGAAGUUUAACGCCUUAAAUAAAUAACUAUUGAUCUUUCUCAUUUCCAACUU